GCUCAGUCCUGGCAGGCGGCGUCUGGACUGAUGGACCGUGCCAUGCCCCACGAGCCCUGCUCAGGGAGCCAGGAGGGCCCGUCACUUCAGCUGCAGAGGAGCGAGCCGCUCGUCUCUGAGGGGGACGCCCAGGAACUGAGACAGAUCCUGAGGAAGCUGAAGAGUCUCGCACUGGACACUGAGACGGAGCUGGAGAGGCAGGAUGACGUCCUGGACGGCAUCACCGCAGCCAUUGACCGGACCACCUUAACCAUUGACAAGCAUAACCAACGUACGAAGAAACUGACCUAGGACUGGAAAGCAGAGAGGUGUAAAAGGGCAAUUUAAAACUCUGUGAAAGAAAUGUGCUGAUUUUUGAAUCUGCCUCACCUCUGUGGGCUGCUCUGCAUGGGCCCCUCUCAUGUCACUUCGUUCCAUUCUUCUCUGGAAGACGGGCCUAUGUCUUUUGCUUUACUGUGACCUCCAGUACGUCUGUAGGUCUUUCUGUGAACACCUAGAAUAUUCUUGUCCAGUUUGUAGCCAAGUGUGAAAAUAAUACAUACUGCACCUCUUUUAAAAA